UACAUUAUAGCAUACUCUCAAAAAAUACAAAUAAUAAUACUUCUAAAGUAUGUACUGUACUAAAACAGAUCACGAUUCCCAAAAUAAGUAGUUUCACUCCCCUGAAAUCUGCAUCCAUGACCUAAACUAAACACCUGAAUAUGAACUUACUGAACUAAAUACCCGCCAUUACUGCAACCUUGCCAACUCCCAAACCCAAAAUGCUGCUUAUUCACAACCACAUUUUCUCUCUUCUCUUCUUACUUCCUCUUUUUCUCUCUCCUCCAUUGUUCAGUGCCACCACCAACCUUGUACUCCCACAUCAACACCCUGAUCCUGAAGCUGUUGUACGAGAUGUUCACAGGAUGGUCAAUGUAUCUCUAGUAAGGAGACAAAUGCUUGAAGCUUUAGAACACACUUCGUCAUCGUCUCCAUCUUCGUCUUCGUCUUCGUCUUCGUCAUCGUCUCCAUCUUCGUCUUCGUCUUCUUGUUUGACAGGCAACCCAAUAGACGACUGCUGGCGGUGCGACCCGCAUUGGGCAUCGAACCGCCAGCGAUUAGCCGAUUGUGGCAUCGGCUUUGGCCGUGCUGCAAUGGGUGGCAAAGGGGGUCAGAUCUACACAGUGACUGACUCCUCUGACUCUGACCCAGUGGACCCGAAACCAGGUACACUGCGGUACGGUGUGCUCCAAGAGGAGCCACUCUGGAUCAUCUUCUCAGGUGACAUGACAAUCAAGCUUCGAUACGAGCUCAUUAUAAAUGAUUACAAGACCAUCGACGGGCGAGGAGCUAAUGUCCAUAUCACAGGUGGUGGGUGCAUUACACUACAGUAUGUGUCAAACAUAAUUAUUCAUAACAUUCAUGUUCACAAUUGUUACCCUGCUGGCAAUGCGUUUGUCCGGUCUAGCCCAACCCAUGUGGGAAGGAGAGGGAAAUCGGACGGUGAUGGGAUGACGAUUUUUGGGUCGAGUAAUAUUUGGAUUGAUCAUUGUAGUUUAUCUUCUUGUACUGAUGGCUUGAUUGAUGCUACAAUGGGGACUACAGCUAUUACCAUCUCUAAUAGUCAUUUUUCACAUCAUAACGAUGUAAUGUUGCUUGGAAAUAGUGACGGCCAUGUCUUGGAUGAGGGUAUGCAGGUGACAUUGGCGUUCAAUGUAUUUGAUGAGGGAGUAGUGCAGAGGAUGCCGAGGUGCAGAAGAGGGUAUAUACACGUUGUUAACAAUGAUUUUCGGUAUUGGGAGAUUUAUGUGAUUGGAGGUAGUGAUAAUCCAACUAUUAACAGCCAAGGUAACCGUUACAUUGCCCCAGAGAACCGGUAUAUAAAAGAGGUGACAAGGCGUGUGGAAACAGGUGAUAAGAAUUGGGCGAAUUGGAACUGGAGGAGUGAAGGGGAUAUAAUGAUAAAUGGAGCCUUCUUUGUGCCUUCUGGGGAAGGCUUAAGUGCUGAGUAUACUAAAGCCUCUAGUAUUGCACCCAGAUCUGCAGCUGCCAUUGAACAGAUUACCAUGAAUGCAGGUGUUUUUGGUGAUCCCAGGAACAGCGUCAGCAUACCUCAAGGUAGUGGAAGUACGAGCAGCAGCGGGGGGCAAUCGGGGUCGGGGUCUGGUUCCGGUUCCGGAUCCGGGUCCGGUGGUGAUGCAGACUACUUUGGCAUGAUGUUUGGGAGCGGCAGUCCCCCACCCUUAUCUACGGCCUCCAUCAUCUGGGCUAUUGUUGUCAUUCUAAUUUUGUGUACAAUUAGCAAUCAUAAUUAUCUACUGUCUUUAACAUUAUUAUGCCUAUAGUUAUGAACAAAAUGAUUCAUGAAGGCAACCAUAAAAACAAGCUCAUUUUAGGAAUUUUUGAUUUUGCAAUGCUAACCUGUAGAAUAUUUUCAAACACAAGGAUUGGCCCUAUAAUAGUUUGGGCCGACCUGUAUAUUUUGGAACCCUGAGAGAUGCCUAAUCUAAUCACUAAUUAUUUAUUCUUCA